AUGACGAGCCCGUGGAAAAAAAUUGCCGCACCAACAGAUGUGCAAGAUCUUUCUGAGAUCAUGGCUGAAGAAUUAGCUCUAGGACUACAGGUUAAGGAGGAAAUAAAGUUUGCUGAACAACUGUCUGAUCAGCAUGUAAGCACAUCUAACGAUGUAUCACAAGGAUUAAUACAACAAAUAGAACUGUCUAAUGCUAAGGAGUUCUGUGACUCAGAUGCCAUUAUUGCGAAAGUUUUGCAAUUUCAAUUCGAAAAGGAAUACGACGACGAGCUAAAGAGGGUAGAAAAGAAAAAGAAUGGGGAUGCUAAAGUAUCCGUGUCCUACGACAAUUAUUUUAUUAUCCCUAAGCAUUUGAUCUAUGAUUCAAAGCCAGAUGAAGAACAUAUUGUGGAGAAGAAGGAUUGGGACCGCUUUGAAACUAACGAGAAAGAAUUCGCGAGUCUUCCUAAGCGUGGAUAUAUGAUGAAAGAUGGAGAGAUGGUAACCAAACAUGACAGUGUAAUUAAUGGCAGAAGAAAUGCCUGCAAAGUAAUGGCAUUUCCUCCUGAGGUGUGUACUGGUGAUGGUGCCGGGUUCGACAUGAAAUUAUCUAAUUCUGUUUUCAACAACUUGAGGGAACAAACAAAGAAAAUCAAGGGACAUCAGAAAUGA